AUGCACGGUAAAUUGAAAAACGAACUGGUAGUAGCAGACGAUCUGAUUUUCAGAGGCCAAAGUGUUGUGAUACCGAGAAGCAUGCGAGGCGAAAUGCUAAAUAGAGUUCACUAUAGUCACUUAGGCAUAAAUAAAUGCCUCAAAGUAGCCCAAGACUCAAUAUUUUGGCCCGGAAUGUCAAAUCAAAUAAAACAAAAAAUUUCGGAAUGUCCAUUGUGCUUAAAAUACGCAAAAUCACAAAACAGAGAACCUUUAAAAUCACACGAAAUACCGAAUUUGCCAUGGAAUAAGAUAGGUAGCGAUAUUUUCGAGCUAAAAGGGAAAACAUACUUAAUGUUAAUAGAUUAUUUUUCCGAAUACCCAGAAAUUGCAGAGCUGAAAGGUAGUGUAACUAGUCACCUUAUAAUAACUGAAACAAAAGAGAUUUUUUCGAGACAUGGCAUUCCACUGACGAUGAUAUCUGACGGAGGAACUCAAUUUACUUCCAAGGAAUUUGAGCAAUUUACAAAAGAAUAUGAAUUCGUUCACAUAGCAUCGUCACCAACUUAUGCGCAAUCAAAUGGAAUGGCCGAAAGAAAUAUCCAAACUGCAAAAAAUAUGUUGAGGAAAAUACUUGAAGAACACUCAGAUAUAAAUUUAGCAUUACUACAUUAUAGAAACACACCAAUCCUAGGUAAUAUUUCACCAGCCGAGGCAUUAAUGUCUAGAAAGUUGAGAUCUAAAUUACCCUACACGGAAAAAUCACUUAAACCAAAAAUUGUAACUAAUAAAAUGACAGAAAUAAUAGAGAAACUCCAAAAGAGUGAACAAAAAUACUACAAUGCUAGAAGUGCGAAAGAUUUACCUAAGAUACCAGACAACACAGAAAUAUAUGUACAACGAAAACCACAAUCGAUAUGGACCCCCGGUACGAUACUUUGUCAGAAUAGAGAUCGAUCAUACAAAGUCAAAUUGCAGAAUGGGUCAAUAUGA